GCGGCCAUGGCCACCUUUCAAAAGGGCGACUCGAACCGGUGUCGCAACGCGUACGAAAAGGUGCUGCACGCGCAGCUCGCGCGGGCUCUCCUCGACCCGCACAAGAAGAACAAGCACAUCAGCGUCGGCCGCUGCCGCAUGCUGGCCGUCAACCACGCGGUGGCUCUUCCGUCGUACGAGGAGCUGUCCGCGGCGGGCUUCGACCUGGACGCGGUGCCGCGCGAGCGAUGGGCCGUCCCCGAUGACUGCCUCCGCUUCGUCAAGAAGAUCGCAGAGGAGGGGCUCUGCACCGGACCGUGCCGCCGCUGCGCCUCUGUCACGUCCGCCGACCGAACGCCAAGGUGCGAGCCGCCGCCGCCGGCGGCGGCGACGGCGGCCGCCGAGGGGACCGCCUCGCGCAGCCGCACCAUCCGCCAGCCCGCGCGCUACGCCAACGGUGACGGCGUCUCCGUCUCCACCCCAGCAGCGGACCGCACGGCGUCAUCG